GCCUCUGCGUCUCCAGCUUUCAGGUAUGAUCGCUUUCUCCUCAGUGGGACAAAUUUCCCAUGUACCCGUUAGCCGUUAUCCAUUUCUACACCUUACCUUGUCCUGCCCACCUAUAUAGUUGCAGCAAGUGAUAUAUUCUUCUUAUAUAUUAAGAGGUCUAGCCGCAGCAUUUGCACCGUUUGGCUUAUUUCGCGGCCAUCUCGUCUAUUUCUUAUUUAGAUUUAUCCCAUCUGCCGCAGUAAAUUGACAUCAUUUAGCUCCACUAAGUCCAGGGUUCUCGCUCAACCGCCGAUCGCCCCCCGAUAGACGAAAGACCCUUUUCGGCAGAACCUGAUCGGGUGAACGUGUUCGCCGGAACUCUGCUAGCCCACAAUUAUUUGCGAUCGCAUCUCUCGACCAUCUAGAGUCCUGUACCUUGGUUGCGCUUGAAGAAAGGAGGAAAACAGAUAAACUUAGUUGCCGGCCUAUCGAUAAUUAUUUUGCUAUGUGUGCAGAUCAGGAUCGCCAUCCUACGUUCAAGGCGAGCUUCGCCGAAAGAGCCAAGAAUGCCUCUCACCCGCUACUCAACUAUCUGUUUCGACUCAUGGAACUAAAGAAGUCGAAUCUAUGUCUUAGUGCCGAUGUUACCUCCGCUCGCGAACUCCUCACCUUAGCCGAUCGAAUGGGUCCGUCCAUCGUCGUACUCAAGACGCAUUAUGACCUCGUCGCUGGAUGGGACUACCACCCGCAAACUGGCACCGGUCCUAAGCUGGGUGCCCUCGCGAGGAAGCAUGGCUUCCUCAUCUUCGAGGAUAGGAAGUUUGGGGAUAUCGGCAGCACGGUUCAGCAACAGUAUACGGCUGGAACUGCGCGGAUCAUCGAUUGGGCUCACAUCGUAAAUGUUAACAUGAUUCCUGGUAAGGCUGCCGUGGCUGCGCUCCACCAAGCAGCCGCCCGGUGGCGUUCCCGUGUCAAUUACGAAGUAAGGACGUCUGUCUCCGUCGGAACCCCGGUUUCGGAUGAGUUUGACGAAAAUAGUAGCGACGAGGCGGACGGACAUCCUACGACUGCGCUGUCACCUUCGAAGGACCCCCCGCCAUCAUCAAGUGUCCGUCCUGAGCACAACGGUAGAAAGGGAAGUAUCGUGUCAAUUACUACUCUCACUCAAUCGUUUGAGCCCGUGGAUUCACCGCGUUUUGGCAAUUCUAUUGCGGAAGGCGACGAGUUCUUAUUCCCAGGGAUUGAGGAACCCCCAUGGGAACGAGGACUUCUGAUAUUAGCACAAAUGUCCAGCGAGGGGAAUUUGAUGACCAGAGAGUACACGCAGGCCUGCGUCGAAGCUGCUAGAGAGCACAAGGGGUUCGUGAUGGGUUUCAUCUCCCAGGAAACCCUUAACAGUGAAAGCACAGAUGCCUUCAUCUCCAUGACUCCAGGUUGCCAACUACCUCCCGACGGAGACGAAGAAGACGUCAGUGUUGCGGGCGAUGGCCUUGGUCAGCAAUAUAACACGCCCACAAAACUUGUGGGAGAGUGUGGUAGUGAUAUCGUCAUCGUUGGGCGGGGUAUUAUCAAGGCGGCUUCUCCGCAGUUGGAAGCUGAACGAUAUCGAAGAAAGGCAUGGAAAGCUUAUCUGAGCAGGAUAGGGCAGCAAGCGUGAGAGAAACAAGAUGUUUCGCAUUAGGCGGAUCUAUAUCGAGCAUGGACGAUCGUUUCGUCCCGGAGCCUGGAGUUCUUUCGGCUUUAUACAAGAUAGUUGUCAUUGUUAUUCGGGGACCUGGUCAACUCAAAAAUUGAAAAGGAAUAUAAGAGAGUCAAGUCAUAACCAAAUGAUGUCCAACUGUUUUCCAAGUUAAUAAGCAUAUCACGGCGGAGUUCUUCCUUGCGAAUGGUCUCUAUGAGUUUUUCCUAUACUGAAUGCGUACAUCUACGGUUUGUAUGAGAUAUGAACUGGAAGAAGGGAUACCUUGUUGGGUUUCGUCUUCAUUUUGUCAAUGAUGGGCCAACAAGUUCCAACUCAUCGUGGUGCGUAUUGGAGCUCGCUCCUUACACGCGCCUUCGCGUCCUUCAUCCAUAUUAUCUGUCAGGCGCGAAGAGGCGGGUCUUGGCACGACAUGUACCGCAACUUUUCUUCUACAGUUUCCACUAAAGAGAGAAGGGGGAAAAAAGGGCAUCUCGCACUUUAUAAGUGUAAGCGGCUUUUCUAACGCAUACAUUAGUUCAUCUUAUGCUUCUGUGGGAGACUAGCAAUGCAGGUUGCUAGGUUGCUAGGAAUUAUAAUGCAUAUAUGCGUGUAUCAUAUAGGUCUAAUAAUAUUAGGUGUGUGUCCCUUAAGUUAGGUACUUCAGAUAAAAGAUAAAAAAGAGGAUUGAAGAAAAAAA